AUGUCCGACCUCGAGUUCGAAGAUUACGACUUCUCCGAAUUUUCUGACGCCGACUUCCUGACUGCGGAUGACCUUGCGCAUCGCAAACUCUCCGAUACAACACACGCGCUCAGCACCAUACAGCCACCGCUCGACGUUGUCCACCGCGUCGUCACACCACUUUCCUCUGUUCCCGAGGGGUCAUCCAUACCUUUAUGCGACGAACAAUCAAACAAUCGCCGCUGUCAUCAUACUACACCCAUCGGUUCAACUCCGUUAUCUACUCGGUCGCCUUCCUCCCCCGAUCCACAACAUUCCGCUUCCGCACGUUCGUCCACCGGCUUCAUUCGCAAUCGAAGCUUCCAAUUGCAGUCUCCCUUCCAGAGAUUUCGAUCUUGGCGUAGAACAUUUACCGUUACCGAUCUUGUCUCCCCCGCCUGGUGUGAGGUCCAGUUCGACUAUGGUCUCCGCCAGCAGAGACAUAAACCUCUCGAGAAGAGGCCAUCCUCUUUUACUGCUGCCUCGGGGAAACAGAUUUCUGUACAGAACAGCACAGCAGCCCUAAAUGACAAGGCUCAGAAGAAGGGCAAGUCUGUUCACAAGCAGCUCGAGAAAGAAAUACAUCCUGAUGUUUAUGUUGUGGACACUACUUCCGACGAGGAAAGAUGGGCGUUGCGACUUCACAAUCUAAUCGCUGGCCUUCACGAGCUGUUGUUAACAGGCUUGACACGCGAACUGCCAAUCUUUGGCAUACUGCACGAAGAGAUUGUCAUUGGGGUGAUAGAUGAGGUGCAGAAGACUCAACCUGGAGCAGAGGAAUUACUCCGAUCGUCAUCCGGGCAUACGCCAUCUCUUGUUAAUGAAAGACAAGGCGACUUACCACCGCCAGCACAACGCCAGCUCACCGAGUUCUUCCCUACAACAAACGACGGUGCUGCUGCGAUAGCCACCGAAACUGAUACAUGUCAAGAGGGUGAAGAGCCUGUUCCUCCAACGAGUGACAAGGAUGUCGCUGACGAUGCAACGUCCCUUCGCUCACCUGACCUCGCUCUCCCACCCAACCUUGGUCGGAAUAUCUUUGUGCUGAGGCUUCUUGACUACAAGACGCGCCGCUCUUAUUCACUACCCUCUGAUGAUGACUCGUUGUCAGCUAAGCUCCAGCUCAUGCUUUAUCACCGGCUUCUGUCAAGCCUUCUAUCUCAUGAAGGCUUUGAUUUUUCUGCGCUUUGGCGGCGGCUGAAUCUCUCCCCAGGACGCCCCUUCAGCACCAAGUUUGUGCAGAAUAUUCAGCAAGGAUCUUUUCUCGGCGAGGAGUACAGUCAGCAAGGCACGGCGGAGGUGAAUCUGGUGCGCAUGGUCGAGCUUUGGCAGGCUACAGUCAAUGAAGCUAGGAACCUUGGGCUAAGCAAUGUCGCGCCGCAUCUACAAAUAAGCUAUCGGAGUGUAAGCUAUAAACGGCGGAAGAAGAGGACGCCGAAGACGACUAGGCUGACAACCCAAGAGCAAGAAGAACUUGACCUCGCAAGGGCUAUUCAGGAGAGCUUGAAGGAUGUUCGUAGUGGCGUAGCUAGUGAUUUGCCUGAGCCGAUAGUCGCAGUACCAUCUGAGGAGCCUGAGGGUAUGGCGACGCCCAGGAUCGGUAGCCCUAAUCCAGACGCUUUUCCAACGUCAUCCUUGAGGCAAUCGGAGCCAACUUGUGUGAUCGAGCAGGACGACGAAGGGAAUAGCACCGAUCAGGAGCCGGAGACCCAGUCUUCCUUCCUUGGGACGAGAGACUUUGAUAUUGACGACGCUCUCCUCGAUGCCUAUCUCUCCGACGUGCUGCAGUGGUGGCACGGACAAAGGGAGCCCCGGGGCGUGGAAAUUGCCCACGCCAGUCGUUGCUCGAGCUGCGAGUAUCGCAACGGGUGUGAGUGGAGAGAGCACAAGGCUUUGGAGUUGGCCGAGAAGGCCAAGAAACCACCGUGUGGUGUGGAUAUGAUUGACUUCUAGCGUGGAUACUCUACGGUCGCAGUGCAGAUUUCUUCUGAAAGAAGAAACACUUUUCUUCCUUAGGAAAGACCUACAUGGAGGAGACUAUCAAUCCCUCGACGCGCGGCGACACGUGUAAAACGGCUGCACAAAAGAUAUUAUCGUCCGUGUCAUAUCAUGCUUUGAGUUUACCUGGAUCCGG